UUUCCCUGAUUCAGUGAGUUAACUCGUCCGUGUUCCUAACCUUUCCCACCAUUUUCUCCCCCUGUUUUCCAAUUCUCUCAUUUCACAAUUCCCCUAAUUUCCAUCAUCCUCAAGGAAUUAGGGUUUCUAAUCGCUAAUAUUUUCCAUUUCACAUCCAAAUUUCAUCAAUUACUCUACACAUUUCAUCAAUUUCACACCUAAACAUCAAAAUUUCAAUCUCAAUCACAAUCACACAUGUAACCGCCAAUUUGUCCCACAACAAUCUCACAAUUCGAAACCGUAAACAUAAUAAUAACAAUAAUCGUGUUCAAGGGUUUCGGAUCACACAAAUGCGAUCUGGACGUUCAAAUCCGAGAGGAUUAGCGUUUCGGAUCCGGUGCAAAUUCUGAAUGGGAAACAAGAGCUCUACUCCCAAUACGAGCCGUAAUAACGGCUUCAUACAGUCGGUUACCGCGGCCGUAUGGACCAAACGCCCACCGGAACACGACGAUGAAUCCACCAAAGGUAAGAACAAACACAAUGUUGAUGAUCAUAAACCGGAUGAAACAAUUCCUAGAUCAUCCGAUCCACAAACUGCUUCUGCUUCACAUGACGAGAAACCGCAUCCGAAACCGCACCCGAACCCCAGCAAUUUUAAACGAGUGCAGAGUAUGGGGCUGAAGGAUUCGGUGUUACAGAGGAAAACAGAGAAUUUGAAGGAUGUGUAUAGUGUGGGGAAGAAAUUAGGUCAGGGGCAAUUUGGUACAACUUUUUUGUGUACUGAGAAGGAGACUGGGAAGGAGUUUGCGUGUAAAUCGAUAGCGAAACGGAAGUUAACGACCAAGGAUGAUGUGGAGGAUGUGAGGAGGGAGAUACAGAUAAUGCAUCAUUUAGCGGGGCAUCCGAAUGUGAUAUCGAUUGUGGGGGCGUAUGAGGAUGCGGUUGCGGUUCAUGUUGUUAUGGAGCUUUGUGCGGGUGGGGAGUUGUUUGAUAGGAUUAUACAACGCGGGCAUUAUACGGAGAAGAAGGCUGCUGAGCUGGCGAGGAUUAUAGUUGGGGUUGUUGAAGCGUGUCACUCGUUAGGGGUUAUGCAUAGAGAUUUGAAGCCGGAGAAUUUUUUGUUUACUGAUGAGCAGGAAGAAGCUCCACUUAAAACGAUUGAUUUUGGGCUUUCUAUGUUCUUUAAACCGGGUGAGAUGUUCACCGAUAUGGUCGGGAGCCCUUAUUACGUUGCCCCAGAGGUCUUGAGGAAAUUCUAUAGCCAAGAAUGUGAUAUAUGGAGUGCUGGUGUAAUAAUUUAUAUUUUGCUCUGUGGGGUCCCACCGUUCUGGGAUGAAACGGAGCAUGGAAUAUUUGAGCAGGUUUUGAAAGGUAAUCUCGACUUUGCAUCAGAACCGUGGCCCAGCAUAUCGGAAAGUGCGAAAGAUUUGGUAAGAAAAAUGCUUGUAAGAGAUCCCAAAAGGAGGCUGACAGCGCCCGAAGUUCUUCGUCACCCUUGGGUUCAAGCCGAUGGUGUGGCUCCAGAUAAGCCUCUUGAUUCCGCUGUUCUAUCUCGUUUGAAACAAUUUUCCGCCAUGAAUAAAAUCAAGAAGAUAGCAAUCAGAGUUAUUGCCGAGAAUCUGUCCGAAGAGGAAAUUGCAGGACUUAAAAAUAUGUUUAAAAUGAUAGAUGCUGAUGGCAGCGGUCAAAUCACAUUAGAAGAACUAAAAAAAGGGUUAGAGAAAGUUGGCGCCGAUUUAAAAGAUUCAGAAAUUUCUCACCUAAUGGAAGCGGCAGACAUUGACAACAGUGGUACGAUAGAUUACGGAGAAUUUGUUGCAGCAAUGCUUCACGUAAAUAAAAUUAAUCAAGAAGAUCAUAUGUAUGCUGCCUUUUCAUAUUUUGAUAAAGACGGCAGUGGGUACAUCACGGCAGAUGAACUCCAAUUGGCGUUUGACAAAUUCGGUUUGGGCGAUAUACAGCUUGAGGAACUUAUGAGUGACAUCGAUACAGACAAUGACGGGCGGAUAGAUUACGGUGAAUUUGUGGCCAUGAUGCAAGAUAGUGAGUAUGGAAGGAACAUAAGCGUAAAGUUAAGAUAGAAUAGUAAAUCUUGAUUAUUCAUAUUUUUUUUUUCUCUUUUAAUUGGUUUUUCGAAUUUAUUUAAAUAUUCUUUUAAUAGCAAGUCCGCAGUUUUGAUCAACUGUCAGGUAAUCCUUUUGAGUCUUCAAA